GCUGGGACGUGAGGUUCUUCCUGCACAAGGCUGGAGACCUGAACCCACAGCAACACAUGGACCCUGCUGGGAACGUGUCUGUUUUCCGCAUCCCCAGCGUGGGCCGGCAGCACGGAGGGAACUACAGCUGCAGCUACCGACCCCGAUCAGAGCCCUUCGUCUCCUCGCAGCCCAGCGACCCCGUGGAGCUGGAGGUAGCAGAGCCCACUCUGCUCAAGCCCUCCAUCAGCCCCAGCGGGGAGGUCUCCCUGGGGGGAUCUGUGUUCGUCCUGUGUCAGGGGCUGCACUCAGGCGUGCGGUUCGUGCUGAAUAAAGGGGGACGCCAUGUUGCACACGUGGAUACGGAGAAGUCGCAGUUUGUGUUUCCCAUCAACAGCGUGCAGCGGGAGCAGGGCGGGAACUACAGCUGUUCCCAUCACAGCAGAUCGGAGCCGCUGACCAGGUGGAGCGACCCCGUGGAGCUAGUGGUGAGAGAUCCCAGCUUACCCAGACCCAACAUCUCCCUGAGCCCCACUGGGGUCGUGGCCCCAGGGGCAGACGUCACCAUCUGGUGUCAGGGGCAGCGCCGGGACGUGAGGUUCUUCCUGCACAAGGCUGGCGACCUGACCCCACAGCAACACAUGGACCCUGCUGGGGAUGGGGCCGAGUUCCGUAUCCCCAGCGUGGGCCGGGAGCACGGAGGGAGCUACAGCUGCAGCUACCGGCCCCGGUCAGAGCCCUUCAUCUCCUCGCAGCUCAGCAACAUCGUGCAGCUGGAGGUGGCAGGAUAAGGACCAGCCCCGAGACAGAGCAGAUGAGACCCCAGCUCUGCUUCCCACCCUGAUCUACCUGUGCUAGGAUUCAGGACUCCUGGUUUCUCUCCCCUGCUCGGGAUAGGAAGUGGUGUCUAGUGGUUACAACAGGGGGGUGAGGAGGUUUUAAUGUUGUACUUUUUAGUUAUUUUCCUAAUGAUAAGUUGAUUCUCAUUAGUUGAUAACCAUGAAAACGGUUAAUUGGCAACUCAAUAGAGUUUUUACGCUAAAUCUGGUGCUUUUUCUCUUCCUUACCAUGAUGGGAAACUAUAGCUGUGCACAUUGAUUUCAGCAGUUCUAUGGAGUAAUUUACAUUUCUUCUGUCUAAUUUUUACAUUUUGAUUAUGUUGGAAAAUGGCAAAUGAUUCAUUUAUUUCCUAGAUGAUGAUGAUGGUUUUUUACUUCUGAUUUGUCCAAGCUCUGUUUGGAUGGAAAUUCAAAUGCACAGAAACAGCAUUUUCAAUAUGUUUAUUAAUUAAAUAAAAUGUCAAAGUCAGACUCAGGA